AUGGAAGGAAUCCAUCUUCUGAAUGAAGUUUUUUUCUGCUCUAGCAUCCUUACUAGGAAGCAACUGAAGUUUGAGGAAGCUUUCCAGGCAUUGAAGGGGAUGUGUGUCCUUCAUGAGCAGUUGGAGGUAGAGGAAAAUGAUCUUCGUGAAGAGGUGCAUCGUUUAUCAAAGAGAAAUAAGCGAUUGGUUGAUGGCUUAAUUGGUCGUCAUUUGGGGUUAAACCAAGAGUUGAAAGAGAAAACUCAACAAUUUAGGUCUUUGAAGCUUCAAUAUACCAAAACAUUUUCGCAGCUAUCGAUUGCAUGUUCGGGCAAGGAUGCGAGCAUCAAAUUGAUUGAGGAAAACUCAAGAAUGUUGUUUCUGAAAAAGAUGCCCAAAUUGCAUCUCUAG